UGGAAGGUAAAAUAGCUUAGCCUACCUCAUCCAACGGGAAUGGCCGCGUCAAUGUGGACAAGAUUCCAUUAUUUCUCCUGCUAGCAGCUAACCUUCCAGUAUUUCAUUUUUCCCCCUCUCUCCUGAUGUGUGCUCCUGACCUCUGACCUAUGGUCAUGACGAACUGGAUCAAACCAGUUUAUUUUUUGGUCAGCCAGAUUUGGAUUGAAGACAGUUCUUUCGCUGUUCUCCUCGACAGUCCCUGCAUCAGCUGUUACAAUGGGAUCGGAUGCCAUGUAGGCUGGAGUGGAUACAAUGGAACUUCCUGCAGAGGAGCGUCUAAGGUGAGCUGAGCCAAGCAGGACCUGUGGAGUCAAAAGGAACCGAGACAGGGCAAGCGGGAAGACGCGCGCAAGAGACAGCACGCAAGAGAGAGAGAGAGAGAGAGAGAGAGAGAGAGAGAGAGAAAGGAUAGGAACACAGAGGGGUUGGAAGCAAGCGUCUCCUGGAAGACCGGUGCCUUUCUCCGCCUCACCUGCCUGCCCGGGGCUCUGGGUUCAUUCAGUGAGUCGGUGUGCUGGUCUGCUGCCUCAGUGUACGCGGACACCACCGCCUGUGUGGAGACAGCUGGCACUCCACCACAGAUAUCCUGCCCAAGUCUUACUGGAUUAGCUUUAAAUCCUUAUUACCAUGAUGGGGACCAGCCGCCUACUUCUAGGCAGUUUUAUCUUAGCUGUCCUGUUGAAUCUCAGUGAUGGUGGUCUGGUAAAGAAAAUCCUGAGACAUCGGCGGCAAACCCUGGCAGCUCCAGUCACCGACAACAUCACCCUCCCAAACCCUCACCAGCCAGUUGUCUUCAACCACGUCUACAACAUCAACGUUCCAGCCGGUUCUCUGUGCACCGUGGAUCUGGACUCGCCUGGAGGUACGGAGCUCGAGCCGAAGGAUGACCCCGCUGGAACGCGCAUGACGGAACACACCCUGGACGGGGAGAACCAGAUUGUCUUCACCCACCGCAUCAACAUCCCCAAGCAGGCCUGCGGCUGCACCGACGGGAUGCCCGAGCUGAAGAACCUGCUGAGCCGCCUGGAGAUGCUGGAGGGAGAGGUGUCCACGCUCAGGGAACAGUGCACCAGUGAUGGCGGCUGCUGUGGAGCCCAGGCCACAGGCAAUGUGGGUACAACGCCUUAUUGCAGUGGCCAUGGCAACUUCAGCAAUGAUAUCUGUGGUUGUAUUUGUGAUCCUGGCUGGAAGGGACACAACUGCUCCGAGUCUGAGUGUCCCGAUGAAUGCUCUGACCAGGGCCGCUGUGUGGACGGAAAGUGCCAGUGUUUCGAGGGCUACGCUGGACACAACUGCAGCCUGGAGGUCUGCCUUGUGGACUGUGGCAAGUACGGUGAGUGCGUCCGCGGCGCCUGCGUCUGUGUCGACGGUUACUUCGGCAAGGACUGUUCCGAGUCGGACUGCCUGAACAACUGCCUCGGCCGCGGUAAGUGCGUGGACGGCGACUGCGUCUGCGAGGAGCCGUGGACGGGCUUCGACUGCUCGGAGCUCAUCUGCCCCAACGAUUGCUACGACCGUGGCCGCUGCAACAAUGGCACGUGCGAGUGUGACGAGGGCUACACGGGCGAGGACUGCGGCCAGCGCACCUGCCCCAACGACUGCAUGGGCCGCGGCUUCUGCGUGGACGGUCAGUGCGUGUGCAGCGCCGGCUACACGGGCGAGGACUGCUCGUCGCUCACCUGCCUGAAUGACUGCAAUGGGCGAGGCCAGUGCUUCAACGGCGUGUGUAUCUGCGAGACGGGCUACCAGGGCGAGGACUGCAGCCAACUGGCCUGCCUCAACAACUGCAACAGCCGUGGUCAGUGCAUCAACGGACGGUGCCAGUGCGACGCCGGCUUCCAGGGUGAGGACUGCUCCGAGCUGUCCUGCCCCAACGACUGCCGCAACCGGGGCCGCUGCGUCAACGGGCAGUGUGUGUGUGACGAGGGCUUCGCCGGAGAGGACUGCAACGUCAAGACGUGUCCAUCCGACUGCUACGGACGCGGGGACUGCGUGGACGGCAAGUGCGUGUGCCACGCCGGCUUCACCGGCGAGGACUGCAGCGAGCUCAGCUGCCCCAACGACUGCCAGAACCGUGGCCGCUGCGUCUCCGGCCAGUGCGUCUGCGACGAGGGCUUCACCGGCGAGGACUGCAGCCUGAAAGCCUGCCCCAAUGACUGCCUGGGCCGCGGCUACUGUGACGACGGGCGCUGCGUCUGCCAGGAGGGCUUCGCUGGCGACGACUGCUCUGAGCUCACAUGCCCUGCCAACUGCAACGACAGGGGGCGCUGUGUCAAUGGCGCGUGCCAGUGCGAGAUUGGCUUCGAGGGUGACGACUGUGGCCAGCGGAGCUGCCUGAACAACUGCCACGGGCUUGGCCGCUGCAUCGAUGGACAGUGUGUCUGCGACGAGGGCUACAUUGGAGAGGAUUGCUCAGUGGUGUCACCUCCGAAGGACCUGACAGUGAUUGACGUGAACACCGAGUCGGUCAACCUCACCUGGUUCAACGAGAUGCUGGUGACUGAGUACCUGGUCACCUACGUCCCCACGGCACCCGGCGGUCUGCAGCUGGAGCGCACAGUGCCGGGCGACCGCACCGCAGCCACCAUCGAUGACCUCGAGCCUGGCAUUGAGUACAUGAUUAAAGUCUACGCCGUCCUAAGCAACCAGAAGAGCGUGCCAGUCAGCGCUCGCGUAGCUACCCAUCUGCCGCAGCCAGAUGGCCUCAAAUUUAAGUCCAUCAGAGACACAUCCGUGGAGGUGUUGUGGGACCAGCUGGACAUUCCGCAUGACGGCUGGGAGCUCUCCUUUAGGAACACUAAAGAGGAGAAUGGGAAAAUCUUGAAUGCGCUGAACCGGGGGCAGACCAGCUUCGAGCAGAUUGGACUCGGACCUGGUCAGGAGUACGAGGUGUCGCUCGGGGUCGUCAAAAACAACUCCAGAGGACCUCAGACGACCCAGACUCUUGUGACAAAACUUGACACACCACGCCAGCUGGAGGUCCGUGAUGUGGCAGACAACAGCGCUGUCAUCUCCUGGUCUUUGCCAGUGGCCCAAAUCGACACCAUCACCCUGUCCUUCGGCCCCUCCUCCAACCCCUCAGACAGGAAGUCCGUGGACCUGGCCCCCACAGAGACACAGCACACGGCCGAAGGGCUGGGUCCAGACACGGAGUACGAGGUGACCUUGGUGUCCAAGCGAGGCGACAUGAGCAGCGUCCCUGCCUCUGAAACCUUCACCACAGACCUAGAUGCCCCCAUAGAUCUGCAGGUUGUGGGUCAGACCGACAGCACUGUGACCUUGGAGUGGACAAACAGCCAGGCUGAUGUGAACAACUACCGGGUCAAAUACAGCCCUGUGUCUGGAACAGCUCAUGGAGAGGACCUUUUCCCUGAAGGGUCAGGAGAUAAGACGGUGGUCACUAUCACAGGCCUGAAGCCAGGGACUGAGUAUGGCAUCGGCGUCAAUGCUGUGAAGAAUGAGAGGGAGAGCCUGCCAGCGACAGUCACCGCCAUGACCGACCUGGACCCACCGAGGGACCUGGAGGUGACAGAGGCCACCGAGACGACCAUGACUGUGGCGUGGAAGAGGCCGAGGGCCAAGAUCGGCAAUUACAGGCUGGCUGUGGAGUCUGCGGACGGCAGACGAGGUGAGGUGGAGGUGCCGGGUGAUGCCACCACCCACACCCUCACCGGUCUCACCCCAGGCAUGCGGUACACCAUCACCCUGGUGGCGGAGCGUGGGCGCAAGAGGAGCGAGACUGUCAGUACAUCUGCUUCCACAGCGUCGUUCACUUUCUAUCUAGCCGAAUCAGUUCCCGAGCUCUCAGCUCCGACAAGCGCCGACGACAAUAUCAUUAGUUUUCUGCCAAUAGACACUCCUGAACUGACCCAGGUCUCUGGGCAGGGGCCCGAGGAUGAGACAGGCACCUUGACAGUCUCGGACGUCACGUCUGACGGAUUCGAUCUGUCUUGGGAAUCGAAGGCAGACAUUCUGUACGAUAGCUACACAGUAGAGCUGGCAGAUGUAUCUGGAUUGUGGGACAGCCGGGAGAUCUAUCUCGCAGGAGAUGCAGCAGGCACUAGAAUCCGUGGUCUAAACUUCUCCACGGAAUAUCAAGUAAGGCUUUAUGGAGUAAUCAAUAGCCAAAGGUCCUCGCCGUUUGAAGCUGUUGCAGUAACAGCACCCAAGUCUACCUCUCCAGAUGUUGUUGCUUUGAGAUUAAAAAGUGCUCCCACAAGCCAGUUGCCUCCAGAAACAGAAGUCACACCUACAGCUAUUAGCGUGACCCCUGCUAGAACAGAGGCACCAAUGACAGGCGCUGUGCCAACUGCAGGGGUCAUGCCAACUGCAGGGGUCAUGCCAACUGCAGGGGUUAUGCCAACUGAGUGGGCAGUGCCAACUGAGGGGGCCUCGGGUGCUGGGCCAGAGGGUUCUGGUCUAGCCCUCCCAGGUGACCUCAGUGUCACGAACAUGACACAGACCAGCCUGGCACUCACGUGGUCAGCCCCAGAGGCUGCGUUUGAUAGCUUCCGAGUCGAGCUGGCUCCCUCGACACCGACGGCACUAAAACAGGUUACAGUGUUGCCCGGCAGUACCAGGAGUGCCCACAUUGAUGGUUUACUCCCUGGGAUACAAUAUGAGGUUUCUGUGUAUGGGAUGGUGGAGGGAGAACAAACACAACCAGUCUCUGUUCUUGCUAACACAACAAAAGAGGAGCGGAAGCCGCAGGUGGGCAACCUGACGGUGUCCGAUGUGUCCUGGGACAGCUUUAACGUGUCCUGGACCGUCGAGGCGGGCGAGUUUGAGGGCUUUGUCAUAGAGGUGGCCAACCUGGAGGGCGGCCCCCAGCGGCAGAACCUCACGCUGUCCGGCGACGCCCUCAGUCUGUUCAUGUCCGGCCUGAGCCCCAGCUCCACCUAUAUGAUCGCUCUCUAUGGCCUUCACAAGGGCUACCUCCUGGGGCCUGUCUAUACUGUCGCCACCACAGUGAAAGCCCCCGUGGUUGGCAAUCUGUAUGUGUCUAAUGUAACCCAUAAAAGCUUCUCCGUGUCUUGGAAUGGCACUGAGAGUGGAUUUGAGGGUUUCAUCCUGGAGGUCAUUGAUACCAGCUGGCAAAAGGAGCCAGUUGAACUAAACAUUUCCCACAAUACCAUGUCGCAUGACAUCACAGGGCUCGAGCCCAGCACUGAUUAUAUUGCCUACCUCUAUGGUGUUAUGAAAGGAAGGAGAACUCACGCUGUCAGUACUGUUGCAACCACAGCCAAACCGCCCGACUUGUACGGGAUUGUUGUUUCUAACAUUACCUCAGACAGACUGUCCCUGUCAUGGAGGACGGGAGAGAAAGCUUUUGAUAAUUUUAUAGUUGAGGUCAGAGAGUCUGCUUUGCCCUCGCAGGCCAUGGGCCGCACUGUGCCCGGUGGGGAACGCUCCACUGUUUUCACGGGCCUCAAAGGGAACACGCGCUAUAACAUCAAACUCUACGCCAACGUGGGCGGAAAGAACUCGCCGGCUCUGACCGUUGUAGCCCGAACAGAGCCUAAAGCCAAACUGGGCCGAUUAACAGUAUCAAAAAUCACGCCGAGUAACUUCACUUUGGCCUGGAAAACGGUGGCGGGCCACUUCGAUGGCUUUGUCAUUCGUGUGAGCGACCGUGAAAUGCUGCACGACCCGCUGGAGCUCACGCCUCCUGGCGACACACGUAAGCUUAUCGUAAGCGGGCUGGUGGACUCCACGGCCUACGACAUACAGAUGUACGGCCUCUCGUACGGGCGCCGAACGCCACCAGUCUCGACGCGUACGCGCACAGCCUCAUUGCCCAAAGUGGAAAACCUAACCGUGUCAGACAUUACCCCGUACGGUUUCCGACUGUCCUGGGCCGCCCGUGACGGGGACCGGUCGGCCGGCAAGCGCUUCAGCCACUUUCAGGUAGAGGUGUCCGACUCCGGGCGACUCCUGGAGGCGCAGGAGUUCUCGGUGCCGGGCAACCAGACCUCGCUGGACAUCUGGGGCCUGAUCACUGGUAUAGGCUAUGAGGUCAGGCUGACCGGAGUGUCGGCGUCUGGGCUGCGCUCUCGGCCGCUGACCGCAGUGGCUGUGACAGAGGCCGAGCCAGAGAUUGAGCACCUCUUUGUGUCCGACAUCACCCCCGAGAGUUUCCGGAUUGCCUGGACCGCUGAGGACGGCGUCUUCGAUCGAUUCGUGAUCAAAGUUAGGGAUGCCAAAAAGCUUGCUCACCCGCAAGAGUUUAAUGUCGCUGGUGACGAGAGGACCAAAGUCAUGACUGAUCUAAUGGGGGGCACUGAGUAUGAGAUUGAACUGUACGGCGUCACUCUGGAACACCGAUCCCAGCCUUUAACCGCUGUUGCCAGAACAGGCCUCGGCGCUCCCCGGGGCAUCAGCUUCUCCGAUAUCACCGCAACGUCUUCUAUGGUCCACUGGACCGUUCCCCGCGCCAAUGUGGACUCAUACCGUGUGACAUUUGUGCCCCUUCAGGGAGGCAAUCCCGAGACGGCGACGAUUGACGGGACUCAGUCAGAAACUCUGCUUCCCAAUCUAAUUCCUGGGGAGACUUAUCAAGUGACUGUGGUUGCUGUCAAGGGCUUGGAGGAGAGCGACCCUAUCACUGACACAAUGACUACAGCCCUGGAUAUGCCACGCAGUCUGACCGCGGUCAACAUCACUGACACCGAGGCUUUGUUGCUAUGGCAGCCUGCCAUUGCCACCGUGGACGGCUAUGUCAUCACAUACACCGCAGAUACAGGGUCGCCAGUGAUUGAGCAAGUGUCUGGGAACAUUGUGGAGUUUGAGAUGAACUCCCUGAGUCCCAACACCCAGUACACUGUUAGCGUCUACGCCACCAAAGAUGCGCUGAAGAGCCAGGCCAUUACCACAGACUUCACCACAGAGCUCGAUGCUCCACGGGAUUUGGUGGCCACUAACAUCCUGACGGACACUGCACUGCUCACCUGGGUUCCCCCUCGCGGCGCCAUCAGCGGCUACAUCCUGACCUUCAUGGCGUCCGACGGCACAAUCAGGGAAGUAGUCCUCGAUGCCUCUGAAACCUCCUACAGUGCAACUGACUUGAGCAGCUCCAUGGAGUAUGUGGUCCGGCUGCAGGCUGUCGCUGGCGCCAAGAGCAGCCGUCACAUCACUACCACAUUCACCACAGCUGGAGUCCUUUACAGGUUUCCCAAGGACUGCUCACAGGCACUACUGAAUGGGGAGAGUGAAUCUGGCCUGUACACCAUCUAUGUGGGAGGAAAUGAGAACCAGCCUAUGCAGGUGUACUGUGACAUGUCCACCGAUGGCGGUGGAUGGGUGGUAUUCCUCAGACGUCAGAACGGGAAAACUGAGUUCUUCAGGAAUUGGAGGAACUACACAAACGGCUUCGGGGACAUGAUGGAUGAAUUCUGGCUCGGUCUGUCCAACAUGCACAAGCUCACCACAUCUGGUCCGUAUGAGCUGCGGGUGGACCUGAGAGAUGGCACUGAGUCUGUGCAUGCUUACUACGACAGCAUCGUUGUUGGAGAACCACGAGGCCGCUACAAGAUCCAGAUCGGUUCCUACAGUGGCACAGCUGGUGACUCUAUGACCUACCACCAGAACAGACCCUUCUCCACGUACGACAAUGACAAUGACGUUGCCGUCACCAACUGUGCCCUUUCGUACAAGGGUGCCUUCUGGUACAAGAACUGCCACCGAGUCAACCUCAUGGGAAGAUAUGGAGACAACAGCCACAGCAAGGGCAUCAAUUGGUUCCAUUGGAAGGGCCACGAGCAUUCUGUCCCCUUCGCAGAGAUGAAGAUCAGGCCAAUCAACUUUGGCAACUUAGAAGGCCGGAGGAAAAGAUCGUAAAGCUCACUCUGUCAAAAAACAACCCCCCCUUCUUCCUCAAUCCCGGCCAGCCGGUCGCCAGAUCAGCCUAGCUGGCCAAAUAGCAGACACCAAGGCCCCAAUUCCCCAUCAAAAACCGGCCUAAGUCACUACGGUAUAGUCCUGAUACACUCUAUGGUGAUCGGACAAAAUGGGGCUAUUUUUCUAUACUGAAAAUGUCAUUGUGCACAAAAAAGGUGGAGGGUUAACUAUAGCGUAAGCCAAGACUGGGCUGGCGCCUCCCUUUCUGAAUAUUUGGGUUUACCCUGUUUCAUCUCUGACAGAUUUGUUUUUAAUGUGUUUGUUUUCAUAAAGAAUUCCUUCCCAUGGAAUUGUUGCUGGUGCUUUUGACUUAUUUUUUUGUGAGGUCAAUAGAUCUUAUUGGUCAGAUCCCAUUAGAAUCCUUUUGAGUUUUUGGUUGUUUUAUGUGUACUUGUUUGUAAAAUUAAAUUUUUUGUCUUUAAAAAGGUGGAUAAGUUUUGUCACAUUUUUUCUUUUAUUGAAGAGCUUUUAAAAUAUGUAUGAUUGUCAAUGAAUGUACAGGGCAUAGUGGCUAAAGAUAUUAAAAGCCCCUUAUGUUUAAGUGUGACCACUACAUCAUAAAACGAUUGAAUAAGCAAUUUCAACAAUCAGAAAGAGAGAGAGAGAAGUCAAGGUCAAUAAAUAUCUGUUGUACAGGGAUAGCAUUUGUGAGUCUUUUUCUGUAUGUGAAGAAUGUUUCUUUACUAAGAAAACAAAAAAAUGUUUCUAAAUUGAUAGAUUUUGUAGUCUUUUAAAUUACAGAAACAAACCUUCUUUAACAAAGUGCCAUGAACUGAAUAUUAAUAAAGCAGUUGCAAUAACAGACCACCAAAAUGUCCAUGGCAGACACCACUGAUUUUCAAAAAGCCUGUAGAGUGUUUGCUUGUGUUUUCUAUAAAAUGGAGAGAGAAAAAUGUGUAUCCAUUAUUGCAAUAAAAUACUUUCU